AUGCCGCCCAAUAAGACCCAGACUCAGUGGAAGGACAUUCCCCCCGUGCCGUCAUCAUCACAAUUCCUCGACAUCGUCCUCUCGAGAACUCAACGCCGACUGCCCACUCAGAUUCGCGCGGGCUUCAAGAUUUCGCGAAUUCGGGGGUUCUACACGAGAAAGGUCAAAUUCACCCAGGAGACGUUUUCUGAAAAGAUCGGCGCCGUGCUCGAGGCGUUCCCACGCAUUAAUGAGGUUCAUCCGUUCCACAAGGAUCUCUUGCAUACUCUCUACGAUGCCGACCACUUCCGGAUCGCCCUCGGCCAGCUGUCGACCGCGAAGCACCUGAUCGAGUCCAUCAGCCGUGACUAUGUGCGCCUCCUCAAGUACGCACAGUCACUGUUCCAGUGCAAGCAGCUCAAGAGGGCCGCUCUUGGUCGCAUGGCCACCAUUAUCAAGCGUCUCAACAACCCCCUCAAGUACUUGGACGAGGUCCGACAACAUCUUGGCCGUCUGCCCUCGAUAGACCCGAACACUCGAACCCUCGUCAUUUGCGGCUAUCCCAAUGUCGGCAAGAGUAGUUUCCUGCGCUCGAUUUCUCGCGCCGAUGUCGACGUCCAGCCGUACGCCUUCACAACAAAGUCCCUGUUUGCCGGUCAUUUUGACUACAAGUACCUUCGUUUCCAAGCCGUUGAUACCCCCGGAGUCCUGGAUCACCCCCUUGAGGAGAUGACUACAAUUGAAAUGCAAUCCAUCACUGCAAUCGCUCACUUGCGGGCUGCGAUACUGUACUUCAUGGACCUCUCAGAGCAGUGCGGCUACACUGUCAAGGCACAGUGUGCGCUUUUCAAGAGUAUCAAACCCCUCUUCGCCAACAAGAUCUGCUUCAUCGUGGUCAACAAGAUCGACGUGACCCGACCAGAAGACCUGGAUGCCGAGACCCAGGCUGAACUGCAGUCUCUGCUGAAGUCUGGAGAGGUCGAGAUGGUGCAGGCGAGCUGCAACACACAAGAAGGUGUCCAGGCUGUGAAGAACGCGGCUUGUGAGAAGCUGAUCGCGGAGCGAGUGGCGUCGAAACUGAAGGCUGGCCAGACAAGCAGUGGUGCUGCCGGCAGCCGGUUGACAGAGAUCAUGACCAGAAUCCACGUGGCCCAGCCCAUGGAGGGUUCCAAGCCUCUGGAGACAUUCAUUCCUGAGGGCAUCAAGGGCUUGAAGAAGUACGACAAGAAUGACCCCGAGAGGCGGCAACUCGCACGAGACAUCGAAGAGGAGAAUGGCGGCGCUGGUGUCUUCUCGGUGGAUCUGCGGAAAGACUACCUCCUCAAGAACCCAGAGUGGAAAUACGACAAGAUGCCCGAGGUCGUCGAUGGAAAGAAUGUGUUCGACUUCAUUGACCCAGACAUUGAGGCCAAGCUGGCUGCCCUCGAGGAGGAGGAAGAGCGCCUGCAGAAUGAGGGUUACUACGACUCGGAGGAGGAGAUGGACGAUGACGAGGAGGAGGAGAUCUUGGAGAAGGCCCAGCUCAUCCGCGAGAAGCAGGCCCUCAUCCGCAAUGAGGCCAGGAUGCGCAAGUCCCUCAAGAACCGCGCCAUAAUACCCCGAAGCAAGACCAAGAAGCCGCUGUCGCAGCUCGCAGACCACCUGGACCAGCUGGGUAUCGAUGCGACGGAGGUCGAGGCCCGGGGCAGGGCGAUGGCGCCCGACUCGCGCGGCCGGUCUCUUACGAGGAGCCGUGCCGGCACGGAGGUCUCGGAUGCCAUGGAUGUUGACAAGACCCCACGGGAACGCCUGAGGUCCAAGAGCAGGGCGCGCAGCCAGGCUCCUGCGACGGACAGGUUACACGACGGUAUCACCGACGAAACGGUGCGCACAAAGGCCGAGAGGACGGCCAAGGUCGCGCAGAGGAAGAUGAACAGGAUGGCGAGACAGGGUGAGGCUGAUAGGCACACUCCUGCGUCUAUGCCGAAGCAUUUGUUUGCUGGUAAGCGUGGUAUGGGCAAGAACCAGCGCCGUUGA